UUUUACCCGAAGAAUUUCUGACUGCCUGGCAGCUGUUAAAAGGCUUUGGAGCCCGGAUACAAAACAGUGAUCUCGGAUCACCUUUUUGUCCUUCCCCAGGCAGCUGACAAGUUUGUUUCUAACAUGCUCACUGAGCCACGUUGCAGGAAGAAAUGGGAAGAGGACAUUGUUCAGGUGACGAUGUAUCGUACUCUGGUCAGUAUCAGACAGUUCCUAAGCAAUUACACACACAUGCACAGAGAGUGUUAUAACAACGCAAGGUGCUGUUUGAGAGAGGUGGUUGGUUGCCAGCUCUGCGCCCCUGGCAAGCCUACUGUGCCUUUAACAGUCGUAUGCCAGGAUAAUAUUCAGCCCGUGAAGCUCUCUCCAUCCCAGUUUCUACAGUCCAGGUCACCUGCCGAAUUUCUGCACAAAGGAGUGGGAGUUGGCAGCCCCACGUGACAACAAUCUAGAUGUGUUUUUGUUGCUCUCAACAGCCAAGCCCGACGACGAAGAGCUCUGUCUAACCUGAAAACUUUCUUCCCACAUUUUAAAAGAAGACAAAGCUGGUCCCUCCCUUGGCUGGGUUUGACCUGACUUGUCACACUGAUGUCGGCCCACCCCAGGAGGCCGUCCUGAGCAGCCUUCUCCACGGGGGAGUCCCUGGGACGCUGCUCCCCUGCGGCUCGCCGGCCCGCUCUCAUCCCUCCGGCUCCACCACGUCCCUUCCCUCGGUCUGCCUCUGCUGGAUUAAGGCCGGAAGUGAACGCACGGCGGCGGCAGCAGCAGCAGCAGCAACAGCCAGCCCAGCGCGGAGAGCAAAAGAGGCGGGGAAGACGGAGCAGGAGAAGGGGGUUUGGUGGUGUGGAGCUCGCUAGCAACUUUCUCCGCGGUGGGAAUGACGGGAAAUGGCUGCGGCCGCUGGUGCCUCGGGAUGGAGGCGCGCUGAGUGCUACUGAAUCUGUGUCUGAAGAUUCUUGAGCCAAAGAAUUCAGAAGUGGAACAAGAGUAGUUAAUGGACAUCUGCUUUCACAGUAUGGCCCAGAUAUCUAAUAGCAAUGAAUUCAAACAACAUUCAUCACCGUCUCUGGGCACAGCAAGGGCGAAAGAAGUGGACAAGGAAGAGGCACUGCAGAUGGAAGCAGAAGCUCUGGCUAAGAUGCAGAAGGAAAGAGGGGUGGCUGGUAACAGACAAAGCACUGACACUUUAAGCCACUCCUGGCCAAAUGUACCAUCUCGCAGAAAACAAGACCAUGAUCUUAUGGUAUUUCCAGAGUCUGAUGCCAAGAAAAAGAUAGAUGAUAAGUUAAAUAACAUUGAUGUAGAGAAACUCACCCAUGCUGAGCUAGAGAAACUGCUGCUAGAGGAAAAUUUUGAAUCCAACAAACCAUCAACUUUGCCCGCAACUCCUGUUCUGAACCCGUCAUUCUCUUCACAGUUUUAUGGUAGCCAGACUGUCCAAAGAGGACCAUGGACACCCGGGUUGCCUGGACCUUCUGCUUGCACUGUAUCUUCUCUUUACUCAGCAUCUUCUUACAAUAAACAAGUUGGUAACUUUCAGAAUGGUUUCCAUCCAGGUAUGUCCACUUACCCAUCUUCAAAGCCUAUUUAUCUUAGUUUUCCAGAGAGGGCCCAGUACACUUCAUAUGCACUGCCAGCUGCUACAACUUUUCAUCCACAAGGAAGUUUGCCUAUAUAUCAUUCAACACUUACCCCUGAAAUGGCAAAAGUAUUUGAUAAGAUAGCAAGCACUUCAGAGUUUCUAAAAAAUGGGAGAGCGAGCACAGACUUAGAAAUGACUGGUGCUAAAUCUACAGUUAAUCUGCCAACUUCUGGAAAUGCCAGUGAUAUUAGUAAAUUUGAUUGGUUGGAUUUGGAUCCUUUAAGCAAGCCAAAAGUGGACAGUGUGGAUAUAUUGUAUACUGGAGAAGAUUGUGAAAAGAUGACUAGUCGUACAGUUGUAGAAGAUCCCUGGGAUGCUGUGCUGCUAGAGGAAAAAUCCCCCGGAAAAUGCCUUCCUGAAAGAAAAGUUAGUGGGAAAUCUACUUCUGGGGCAACUGUUACAAGAAGUCAAUCCUUAAACAUUCGAACUGCUCAGCUAUCGAAGUUACAGGGCCAAACAUCACAGACAGACAGUGGGACCACUAACUUGCCAACAGAGAAUACACUCCUAACUAAUGUUGAAGGGCAAAAUCAAGAACAAGAAGCAUUUUGUGAUGCCAUUGCAAAGUUGAGGACCAAGUUUCUCCACAGCGAUCAUGAUACGAACCCAGGCUUUGUGUUGAGUCCAGUCAUGUUGCAAAGAAACAUCAGUGGAGAGAAUGCCAGUAUCAAGGUUUCAAUAGAAAUUGAAGGAUUCCAGCAGCCAGUGACAUUUACCUGCGACGCAGCAAGUUCCCCAGUUGAGCUUAUAAUAAUGCAAGCACUUUGCUGGGUGCACGAUGACUUGAAUGAUGUAGACAUUGACAGUUACAUCUUGAAAGUUUGUGGGCAAGAAGAAGUUUUGCAGAAUAAGCACAGCGCAGGAAGUCAUGAAUAUGUUCAGAACUGUCGCAAGUGGGACACAGAGAUUAAGCUGCAGCUCUUGACCCGUAGUGCAGUAUGCAGGGAUCUGGCACGAACAGAAGAUGAUGAUGGGACACGUAUAGAUUUGACCAAGCAUCUCUACCAUGUAGAAAAGCUUUUCAGAGAGAAUAUUCAAAGUCAUUCUCUUGAAGAGCUAUUAGAAGCUUAUCAUAAUCAAGUUGACAUACUGCUUAAACACGAGAACCGACUGAAGGCAGUAGAUCAGGUCAUUAAAGCUGUUAGAAAAAUUUGCUCUACACUGGAUGGUGUAGAGACUCCUGCAAUUACAACAUCUGUAAAGAAACUAAGAAGAGCAGUUAACCUUUCAAGGAGUAAAAACUCUGAGAUGUCUUUAACACCUUCUGAUGAUACUAGCAAGAAUGUGGCUGGUCCAGUGCAACCUGAAAACCCUCUGCAAGUAAGCAUAGAUCAGCUGACCUCAGCAGUCUAUGGCCUUCUUCAACUUCAUUUGCAUUCAUGCAGCAACUCUUUUGCAAACACUCCAACAAGUAAAAGAAGCACUAAAGAAGCAUGGACUGUUACAGAGCACCUCCAGUUCACAAUAUUUGCAGCUCAUGGAAUUCUUAGUGGCUGGGUUUCAGUUUAUGAAAAAUACUAUUUGGUUUGCUCUCUGACUCACAAUGGAAGAGAUCUGUUUAAACCAGUGCAGUCCAAGAAGGUUGGCACUUAUAAGAAUUUCUUCUAUUUGAUUAAAUGGGAUGAACUAAUAAUUUUUCCCAUCGAGAUCUCUCAGUUGCCAUUAGAAUCUAUUCUAUGCCUUACUCUCUUUGGAAUAUUAAAUCAAAAUGGUGGUAGUUCACCUGAUUCAAAUAAACAGAGAAAAGGCCCAGAGAUGUUGGGUCAAGUUUCCUUCCCUCUCUUUGACUUUAGGAGAACAUUGACUUGUGGAACAAAACUUCUACAUCUUUGGACACCUUCCACAAAUGUUGUACCUGGAGUGGCCCAGAAAAAAGGAAAUCUGAUGGAAAGAAUAAUAUUGCAGGUUGAUUUUCCUACCUUACCAUUUGAUAUUAUAUACAAAAUUCCUCAAGCAGCAAGCAGUCCCACUUGUCAUUCCAUAGAAACAUUGGAAAAAGAUUCAAGAGAGCGUCUUCUUUCCAUUCUUUCCAAAGAGGGUACUCUUGGAUUGUCUAGGAAGGAUAAAGCCUUUUUGUGGGAGAAACGUCAUUAUUGCCAUACAGAGGCAAACAGCCUUCCAAAGAUAUUAGCUAGUGCCCCAAACUGGGAUUUGACAAACCUCCCUGAAAUAUAUUUGCUGCUUCAACAAUGGCAUCCCUUACCUCCUCUGACUGCACUAGAAUUACUGGACUCCAAUUUUGCAGAUCAGGAAGUAAGAACAAAAGCUGUGCAGUGGAUUGAGGCAAUAAAUGAUGAUGAACUUGCUGACUUUCUUCCCCAGUUUGUGCAGGCACUAAAACAUGAAACUUAUUUGGACAACUCUCUAGUCAGAUUCCUUUUGGCCCGAGCAUUAGGAAAUAUUCGAAUAGCACACUAUUUAUAUUGGUUACUGAAAGAUGCCUUACAUGAUAUCAAACAUGGUGUAAAGUAUGAGCACAUCCUUGGUGCCUUCCUUUCGGUCUGUGGCAAAAGACUAAGAGAAGAGCUGGAAAAGCAGACAAGAUUGGUACAGAUCCUGGGAAUGGUGGCAGAAAAAGUAAAGCAAACAAGUGGAUCUGCUAGACAGACCGUCUUGCAAAAUGGAAUGGAACGUGUUCAGUCCUUUUUCUUAAAAAACAAAUGCCGUUUGCCUCUCAGUCCCAGCCUUGUCGCAAAAGAACUGAAUGUAAAGACAUGUUCCUACUUCAGUUCUAAUGCAGUGCCUCUGAAGGUUGCUUUGGUGAAUGUAGAUCCCUUGGGAGAAGAAAUCAAUGUAAUGUUUAAGGUUGGAGAAGAUCUGCGACAGGAUAUGUUGGCAUUGCAAAUGAUAAAAAUUAUGGAUAAGAUUUGGUUACAGGAGGGCCUGGACCUUCGGAUGGUACUUUUCAAGUGUCUUUCAACAGGCAAAGAUAGAGGAAUGGUGGAGCUUGUUCCAGCUUCAGAUACACUUAGGAAAAUUCAAGUGGAGUAUGGAGUGACAGGGUCCUUUAAAGACAAGCCCCUUGCAGAAUGGCUAAGAAAAUACAACCCUACAGAAGAAGAAUAUGAAAAGGCAUCUGAAAACUUCAUCUAUUCUUGUGCAGGAUGUUGCGUAGCCACCUAUGUUCUAGGUAUCUGUGACCGUCACAAUGACAACAUAAUGCUUCGAACUACGGGGCAUAUGUUCCAUAUUGAUUUUGGAAAGUUUUUGGGCCAUGCUCAGAUGUUUGGAAGUUUUAAGAGGGACCGGGCUCCGUUUGUGCUGACAUCAGAUAUGGCCUAUGUCAUCAAUGGUGGUGAAAAGCCUACUAUUCGCUUCCAGUUGUUUGUAGACCUUUGCUGCCAGGCUUAUAACCUAAUAAGGAAACGAGCCAACCUUUUUCUUAAUCUGCUGUCACUGAUGCUCCCUUCUGGGUUACCAGAACUUAAUGGAGUUCAAGACUUGAAAUAUGUCCAGGAUGCUCUUCAGCCCCAAACUACAGAUACUGAUGCUACAAUUCUCUUUACAAGAUUGAUUGAAUCAAGUUUGGGAAAUGUUGCCACCAAGUUUAAUUUCUUCAUUCACAACCUUGCUCAGCUGCGCUUUUCAGGUCUGCCUUCCAACGAUGAGCCCAUCCUCUCUUUUUCUCCCAAAACAUACUCCCUUAAACAAGAUGGUCGUAUCAAGGAAGUGUCUGUCUUUACAUAUCACAAGAGAUACAACCCAGAUAAAUACUAUAUCUAUGUUGUCAGAGUUUUAAGAGAAGGGCAAACUGAACCCGCAUUUAUCUUCCGAACAUUUGAUGAAUUCCAAGAGCUGCACAACAAGCUUGGCAUCCUGUUUCCUCUUUGGAAAUUACCAGGCUUUCCUAAUAAGAUGGUUUUAGGAAGAACUCACAUUAAAGAUGUUGCAGCCAAAAGGAAAGUUGAGCUGAACAGCUACAUACAAAGUUUAAUGAAUACAUCAACAGAAGUAUCGGAGUGUGACCUGAUUUAUACUUUCUUCCAUCCAUUACUUCGCGAUGAAAAAGCUGAAGGAAUUGAUGGCAUAGCUAAGUGUACAGAUGUAUGUCCUUCAAGUCCGACCUCAGGCAAAGUGGGAGGAGAAGUGAAGUUGUCCAUCUCAUAUAGAAAUAGCACUCUGUUUAUCAUGGUGAUGCACAUUAAAGACCUGGUUACUGAUGAUGGUACAGACCCAAAUCCAUAUGUAAAAACAUACCUGCUUCCAGACAUAUAUAAAACGUCUAAACGGAAAACCAAAAUAUCACGGAAGACUAGAAAUCCAACAUUCAAUGAAAUGCUUGUGUACAGUGGAUAUAGCAAAGAGACACUGAAGCAAAGGGAACUUCAGCUAAGUGUACUCAGCGCCGAAUCUCUCCGUGAGAAUUUUUUCCUGGGAGGUGUCACUCUUUCCUUAAAGGAUUUUAAAUUGAACAAGGAGACCGUCAACUGGUACCGGCUCACAGCUAUACCGUAUCUGUGAACCUGAUGACUCAUAGAGGUGAAAAUGAUGGGCAGAAUUGAAUAAACUCAACUUCACUUGCAUCUGGGCACUUUUUUCUACUUGAAGAUAACUUGUACACUUUAGCAUAUUAUUAUUAUUUACAUUAUGACACCCCAGUUCAGCAGAUUUAUGGUUGGACCAGUCUUCACAAAACAAGACUUCUGGGAAACCAGCUCUGCUUUAUGCUUUUACUGUAAUAAUAUCCAACCAUUGAUGUAAAUGUAUUGUGUAUAUUUAAUACUUGUGGUUAAUGAAGUUCUAAACCAUGACUAGGUGUUACAAAUUAAAUUUGAGGAUUUUGUAUAGAUUCAGCUGAGUCACAUUUGAAUUGCUUGCCCUUUGAUGUAUUGCAAGCUUUCUUGAUUCUUCUGACAAAGUACCAUGUAAAAGAAAAAAAGGUUUAAAAUAAGCCCCGCACAUUAUUCCUUUUUUGAGAAAGUGUUAGUGGAUGCACAAUUGUCAAAAGGGAAGACUGGACAGACAGCUGGAAACCAUGUUUAUUACAUGUAGCACAAGGACUGUGUUAAACCUUUUCAGAGCUAUUAUCAGAAUGAGUGACAGUAGUGGGUGUUAUAAGUAAUGGUGCCUUAUUUAUCCAACUGCUUCUUAUACCUCACUUCUGAUCUUUAAAUAUAUAGAUACUUCAAUUAUAAAGGUUUAACUUCUGUAUCCGGCUCUUUUUAAAAUAAUGAAUUUUAAAUUCAUUCAGCUUCAAGUCAAAUUCAAAUGACAUCAAACAUGUGUAUGCUUAUCAGUUUACUUUGACCUUUAUUGUGUGCCCUUUAGUAGCAGCUUGCAGAGCUGCAAAUACUUUAUGGAUACAAAUUCAAAACAGUUUUAUGCCAUGGCUUGAUACAAAAGUCCUACAUUUCCAGAAACUAGAUACUGUGGAUUAUGGAUUAUUUUCUUGAGAUUUGGGAAUCAGAUAUGGGAAAUGAGAUAUUGUGGAUUAUGGAUUUUUAGGCUGCAUGUAGUAGUUCCAUGUGAGUUACAUGCAUACUUCAAAGAACAGAAGACCACAAUAUUGUUUGCUGGUUGAAAAUAAAUUGCACUAGAAUACUGGGUGGUGAAAUUGACACCUUGAGACUAGAUUUAAGAGGUAUAAUUUCCAUGAGCACUAAGGGAGUAUCCAUCAACAGUUUCAUUCAUUUCACUGGAACUUGAAUGGAUUUAUUGAGUUUAUUGAAAUGAAUUGAAGAUGCUUUGCAUCAUCCCUUAUGGAUGAUUCCCUAAAUCCAUUAAUAAAUUUUAUUCUUGUUUUUUUACAUUUGUGUGACAUUUAGAGAUAGCUAGAUGUUAAUGCAAUAUAUUAUGUCCAGUAAAAAAUACCUGAUGUAGGAAGGGAGUUUAAAUUGCACAAUAUUUUUGAAUGCUAAAGCCCAAAUACUUUUAAACAAAGAUGGUAGGGAUGCAGUAUCUCAGCUAUCAAUAACAAUGAGCAUAGAGCAAAAUAUGCAAUAAGUAGACAAUGACAAUCUUUAUUUUAUUUGCCCAGUAAUAAAAUGUGCUCUUACUUAUUUUCCCCCAAGAAUUGUGACCAAUCCCUGCUUUCAAACCCAAUAUAGCAAAUUGUAAGGAAAACAUGCACAUGAAUUUUCUGUGCCCAAAAUACGGUCCAAUUGUACAAUAAAACUUUGAAUGUGUCUCUGAAUGUUAAAACUACAUUGUAACUAACAAACUAUUUAACGUAAAAUCCCAGUUUUAUUAGCUCUAAUGUUUUCAGUAUGUACAUAGUAACCUAUAUAGUAAAUAGAAUAAACUAACUAGAUUGUAUUUCCUGCUCAUUUGAUGCUUUUUGAGACUCAUUCCAUUCCAUCAAGAGAACCACAAGUCAUUUAACACAGGAAAGUAGACUACUGUUUUUGUGAAACAUUCCAAUAAACUAACUGAAAUUAAUAUGUACUGCUUUUUUGCAGUCUGUUACUACUAGAGCACAGUAUCUUACCGCACAAAACUAGAGAUUUAAAAGGCUUUUUAAGAAAUAACAUUAGUUUGCAAAUGCAACACUUUGCUGGAUGCUGGUCAAUAUGUAUUAUAUAACUUUUUUAAAUGGUAAAAUUUGCCAGCAUCCUUCACAGCUCAUGCCUGUGCGUUUGCCCACCUUCACCACCUUUCAAAAUAGAGUACACAUUGGCUAAAGCUCUUUGGGCACAUUUAAACAAAAACAAAACCCACAUCUGUUUUUCAUUUGCCAUUAAAAAUCAUGGCGGAGAAAUAUGAACUUUGCAUCUCUAAAUUGUUUAAACUGGUGUGAUAUGACAACACAACAGAUGAUUCUCAAAGUCUGAAAAAUAUAUUCUGUGACGUACACAAUAGGGUGAAAAUAAUUGGGAUGAAAUGUAACACUUUAUAAAAAUUUUAAAAGUUUGAUCGCAUGACACUUUUAUAUUUUGUUCAAGUAAAAUCUUAUGCAACAUAUAUGGAGUGCAGCCAGAAUUAGAUUUGUCUGUACACUUAUUUGAGGAAACCAUCUUUGCUGUAAGAAAAUGACCUUCACAUUUUCUGUAAUAAACAACCUGGCUAAGACUUUGCACUGAAUUUUUUAAUAUUACUGCCUUUUUAUGGUCUCGACAUAUAUAUAUGAAAGCAUGAGUGAUCUUUGAUACUUCUCUAUUUUUAAAAUAAAGCAGCAUAAGUUUAGUAUCUUGCCUUUAAAAUGACUGUUCUUUCUAUACUAUGCAGUGCAGCUUUCAAAGUGAAGAAAUCAUGUUUCUGAUAUUUGCAGAAUAUGGCCAGAGUCCAGUGCAGAGUUGCCUGCUCAACUCAUUGAUACCAAGACUUAAGUUUAGGUCUGUCUUGGAUUGUAGCCUAUGUAUGUUACAUAGAGGGCAAGUAUUCAGACAAUACUGCACCAUUCUCAUAAUCCAUAGGAAUUCAAUUUCCUCCUAUGCUUUUGUACUCUCAUACUGUGACUAAAAUAUGGCAAAGUUUUAUAGAUAAUAAAAUGCAUUGGGAGCAAAUGUAGAAAUUUGCCUUGAAUUUUCUAUUUAUCUGUAAAAACCAAAUACUUCAGUUAUAUUACACUGAUACCUAAUAAGGAUGUACAGUAUUUCUGAUACUAUCGUAACCCAUAAUGCAUGGGUAAAAUGUGACUCCAUAACUGUCCUAUAAUUACAUUAAACACUUUUCUGGAAUAAAGAA